AUGAUCAACAACACCAAUUUGAAUGAAAAACAUCCAUCUGAAACACAGGAUGGCAUCUCUAAUAAUUUUUACGAAUUUAUUAAAUCCGAACUUUUGAAUGAUGAAAGUCGAGCCAUACAAGCCAUCAAUCGAUUAAAAGACCGAAUUGGCUUUAAAGAAAAUGACAUGUUUCAAGACAACACAACGAUAGAGAAGGCUAUGUUUACCUUGCCAAACCAAGACCAUCCAUCAUCGGAAGAGUCUAUCCAGGUCGAUCAUCAAGAUGAUAUGAAAGAAUAUUAUGAAAGCGCAUUUAGAGAAUAUUUGAAAAUGGGAGGAAUUGAUGAAAUAUCGGCCAUGCUUUCAGAAUACAAUACAAACAAAGAGGAUAAAACAAAUUCUAAAGUUGCUCGUAAAGAAAUCAAAAUAAUCAAAUCAAACCUAUCCAAGGCUCAAAAGACGUAUAGAAGCCUUCAAUCUAUUCUUAAUCAGCAACUCAAUAACAAUAUUAUUAAUACACAACACAAUACUGCUUUCAAGUUGGACAAAGAGACCACUAUUAGAAAUGAUAUACGACAACACCCGAUCCUAAUGAAAAUAUUAUCAAAUGAGAUUGAAAAAUUUAAAGUAUAUAUUAACCGAAUGAGAAGAUUACUUCACGAAAAGUAUGUUGUUCUUGUUGCAGAAAAAUUUAACCAUAUUUAG